CCCCCCAUCCGCAGUCCGCUCGGCAGUCGACAUACCGCUGCGCUUGUGCGCUGCUCGUGCGUGAUUCGGUCCGCUCGGCGCUUCUCCCAAAUCCCAAUCUCUGCCUUGUCGACCCCCUUUCCUGCGAUCCAAACCCUCUGUCCGUUCGAGGCGGCGGCGGCGGCGGAUUGGCAGCUCUACUCUCCGCUUAGCUUGGGCGGUUGCCACACCGCGCACCUGCGGUCCGCGGCAGCCACCACUGAGGCCGGCGGCGGCGUUGGUGGCGGCUCCGCGGCUGGAGGCCGGCGCGGCCACGCGGCAGUGCGGAACCGAGCCACCGUCUCACCUAGGAGGCCAGAUCGCGGAGCGGCGAAAACGGAACAGGAGCAGCCGAGCAGGUUGAAGAAACUAGAAGGUUUAUACUGGAGCCAAUCAAGAUAUGUGUUUGCUAUAGUCCAGCAGAACUGUAUAUCUUGGUUCAUGCUAUUCAUGUUCUUGUCUUAGCUACAUGUAUGUUUGCUUGUGUUUUGAAUGAGGUACUUCUCUGAGCACCGAGGAUUUGUAUUGUGUGCAUAAAAACUGUUUAUGAGCACUUCAUUAGCCAUGUCUAAUGUUCGUGAUGAGAAACCACAUCCAGAUGUUUCCGCUGAUCCUAUAUGUUCAAGGAACUGCAUUUAUGGGGAUGACGAUGACUGGGUAAUAGUCAAGAAACAGCGUAUCACCAUAUUAAUUCCUCCACAAUCACCUAUUACUUCAAAUCCUCAAUCAAAUGUGCCCACAAUAAGUUCUAAGCAGUCUUGCAUAACUAGGAGCAAGAGAGACUGCGAUGCUGCCAGAAAGAAGCACCCCGAGAAGGUGGCAGCCAAGAAAUGUCAGGACUCCCCUCCAGUGCAUGGCAGUAUAGUCCACGAGGAUGUUCCAAUUAUGACAGGUGAUAAAUUACCACACAGUUCUGUCCCUGUUGCAAAAACAGAAUGUACUAAGGAUCAUGCUGUUCGAGAAUUGUUUCAUCAAGAAUCUGGGAAGGCGACAAGUUUCUUUGGAAGCAUGGGGAAACCGAGGAUGCCACUUAUAUCUUCACCUGUUGCGAAUAAGAUAAUUCGAGCCCGGCUUCUUGAGAGACAGGUUGCUGGGUUUGGCGGGCUGAAGAAUUGGCUUUUCGGUUGUGGUCUUGGAUGGUUUGUCAACAUAUUGGACACUGAAAAGCUGGGGAUGUAUCAGCUUGCCUCUCUUACUAUGAAACAGCUGAAAGAUAUGGGCCUUGUUGCUGUAGGUCCACGGAGGAAACUGAUCCACGCCAUUCACAGUUUGUGCCACCCACACCAUGUUGAGAUGCUUUCUUGAUCCCUUGUGCAUUUUAGUGGCAAGAAAAGCUAUUACAGGAAGGAAUGUCUGAAGUGGUAUCUGAUCGUAGUCAGUUCGGUGACUGAAGCCAUACACAUUUCUUUUAUGGAUAGCAUUUCAGUCAAGAGGUGAAGCUCGUGCUCAAAGUUUUGGAAGUAGAAACCUAAGUGCUAGCGUAUUUGUCCUUCUCUGUAACACGUUCUUUAGAUUAUUCCCUAUAAACCCUUUACAAAAAAGACGGUACCUUGUAAUUUUGUAGAUAUGCUUCUGUAAGUUGCAAUUGUGCUAUUAUGAAUGUGUUGGUUUCCCUCCUGGCAAAUUUGAUAUGUAUCUUAUUUUCUUAUUAUAGACAUUCUAAAGGAAAAUAGAUCACGAGUGAGCCAGACAUGCUCGUGUAGCCUUUUUUGA